AUGAGGACUUGGAGGUGCCGUUUGCCGCUAAGUUGUAUCGUCAAUGCGCUUUUGUGGCGUUUCGACUCCUUGGACUGGCACUUCGACACGCAUGCUCAAAAAUGUUCUGUCAUGCCAAUGGGCAGAGUUUGGAAACUAUGUAUCGCAAUUAUUCACCAGGCCUCACCUCGAAAAGAAACAACGCGGUGUCUACCAAUCACCGCGUUUGUGAAGAUGAAGCCACGCAAACCCGGCACUUCAGAAACUCGCCGAAGUUCUUCCAAUCCGCAUACACAUCAGGGGGAUCUCCAACGGACGGGAACCCUGAAUUCCAGGAGUAAUUCACCAGCACCAGCCCGACGGCAGGACAGUAGUGACUCCACGCCGCCUUGGACCCCGGCUGGACAACAACGUGGCCUUCCGCCUCUUCCACGAACUCAACACGUCGGGUCCGCAACAGCAUUUGCUCCUGAACGAUUUCGGCAUAGCAAUAGCAACAGGCCUAAUAUUCCAGAGCGCCUGCGCAACGUCAACUUUGAUCCGGCUCAGUCUUCAUCACAACCAUCCCAGCCACCAUCAAGGAAGAAUUCAUUUCAGCCGAACCAAGCACGUUUGGAGGUCCACCAAGACUAUCCAGCCUCGCCUUUCCAACUGUAUUCGCCAGACGAACAACAGGACGAUUCACAACAGCAGGAAUUUCUGGCAUCAUUGGAAUAUCCAGCCUGGCAACCCUUCGAAAAAGGAGAGCCCUAUGACUGCAUUGAGCAAGCGAGAAAACAGCUAGAAAAUUCCAUUCCGCAACGACCUUCUGGCCUGGGCCAAAUCCCAGGUCACGGAAUAGGCCAAGUCCCCAGCCAUGACGCUGGCCCCGAUUCACGCCAAGUCUCGAGCCAACUCCCAGAGCCAAUUCAGAGGAGCAACUCGAGCAACGUUCCAGGCUAUGGCUACGACCAGGCCUCAGACCAAGGCACAGAUGAAAUUCGAUGCACCUCCAGUCAAGAUGCAGUCCACGGCUCUGACGAAAUUCUAAACCGCAGCUCGAGCCACGUCCAAAGCCAAGUCACAGCUCAAGUUUUACGCCGCAGCUCGAGUCAAGCUACAGGCCAUAGCUGGGGCCCAGUCCCGGGCCAUGGCAUAGGCCAAGCCCCAGCCCAACCCGCAGCGCAACCCUCAUCCCAUGGCGGGGCCGAAGUCAUAGGCCAUGGCCCUCGUCAAUUAUCAAAUAGGGGCGUGAGCACAGACCCUCUCGAUGAGACGAUUUACCCCCGCCAGCGAUUCUACCUGCCAUACGAUCCAUUCCAAAUGCGCUCAUACCAAAUGCAGCAUACACGCGCAUACCCUCCCCAAAUAAAUGACCAGCACCACUUUCAAGGCCCGCGCCCACAACAUGGGCUUCAGUAUAGAAGAGGGCACCACUACCAGUCAUAUCGAAUACAUCACCACUUUCCGCAGCAAUAUUGGCGUCCAACGUUCGUGGCACCUUUCCACAGGGUGCCUACACAGCCACCGCCCCGCCCACCAAACAGAAGAGCGUUUCAGUUUGACUGUACAACUCCAGCCUUCGUUCCUCAGUUUCCAGGGAAUCGCCAACUCGAACUUGAUAUUUUGGCCCAGGCAAGCACUACUACUGGUUAA